ACUAGACGCUUAUUUUUCUAACAAGAGAGAGGCGGGACUUGGGAGGAAUGGUUCCAUUUCUUAGUUUCGCGAAGGAAUUCAGUUCUGAUGGCCUUUUGACAUUCAGAUCGCUGUAACGAAGGAAGCGUUUUUUCUUUCCCUAUUUUUUUUUAAAAUUUUUUUAAUUAUUUUUUCUCCUUGGAGGUGCCUGAGAGCUUUCCAUGAUAAACCCUAACAUUAACCACGUUAAACUCUUCCAUCUUUGAUCCUCCGAUCCUUCUCUAGUUCUUAGGGGCGUGAGAAGAAGAAGAAGAAGGUGUUAUUCAAAUGGAUUUCACAUGGCUGAAUGCACUUCUAGUUGGGGCAGGUUGUCUUGCUUUUGGGUACUUCAUUGGCUCUGAGUAUCCUCUUCGCCUCCUUAUCUCAGCAGCGAUAGCUAAAAGGAGUUCUAUUGUGGAAGGGAAGAAGAAGAAGAAGAACCCCAAAGAACCGCUUGAGAUUGAACAUCUGGCUGACUUGCUUGAUGAUUUUAAAAUGGUACUGGUCGUGAGAAAUGAUCUUAAAAUGGGUAAAGGGAAAAUUGCUGCUCAGUGCAGUCAUGCAACGUUGGGUCUCUACAAAAAGCUUCUUCAUCGAGCUCCAAAAGCUUUGAAUAGGUGGGAGAUGUGUGCCCAGCCCAAGGUGGUUGUCAAAAUUGAAAGCGAGGAAGAUAUGCUGGUUUUGCAAGAAAGGGCAAAAUCAUUGAACGUGCCUACACAUAUCACAAUUGAUGCAGGGAGAACACAGAUUGCACCAAAUUCCAGAACAGUGAUGGCAAUUAUGGGACCCGUGGAAGUGGUUGAUGAUGUGACUGGUGGACUGAAACUUCUCUAGUCCUCAUUUCCUUUAAGAUGGUCUCUUGUCUAUGAAAACCAAAGUGUUCUUGGAGGAGAACAGAAUUGAUGCUUGUGGCUAUAUAGCCUCAGUCUCUCAACAAGCAUUGCUGGUUUUCUCAUAAAGAUUUGCUGUGUUCUGCUAAAGAUUCAUGUUUAAUCUUUAAUUAACGGCCACCACGAUAAAGACGAUGACGAAAAUUAGGUCGUCACUGAGGAAGGUACGGUAGUUUGGGGGUUAUUGCUUUCUGGAUUCUUGUCUAUUUAAUGUACAAGAUGGUUAAUGAAAUUGUACUGUGUGCUCAAUGUAUGAACGAAUCUAAGUUCAUUUUUUUAA